UUUCUUUUCCUAUGUCACUUCCGGAGGUCAGAGUUCACUCAUGUCACAGAUGGUGAAACGGUGAGCGGGUAGAGGACUCACGAAGUCCGGAACACUCAGUAACUUGCAUCGCCCGGUUCUCCAAAAGCUUUUAUUGAUUCAUUUGGACCCGAAAUGUUUCACGUCAUCGGCCGGAGGAGCGCGCCGGUGACCCGGCUCCUCGCCUCGCGCGGCGGCGUGCUCGUGGAGAGUGUCCGCGGCCGGAAGUCCCGCGGUGACCCGGUGGCCAAAUCCAAAGAGGGCCGAAUAAAGGUGCCUCCUCCGGUUGACCCGAGGGAGAUGGUGGUCCUGAAGGACAGAUACACGGAGUACCAGCUGAUCCUGAAGGCGCUGCGUCUGGAGUUUAGGGAAGAGGUUCUGCGGAAGAAGUUUGAGGAGGAGACGGGCUCGCUGGCAGAGGAGAGGGCGAGGCAGGAUGCUGAGGAGCACCGCGCUCUGAUGCUCUGGAACCAGGAGGAGAAUCUGCGCCUCCUGAAGGCCAGGGUGCUGAGGGUCCAGAAAGAGGAAGAGGAGGCCGAGCGACUCAAACUGGAGGCUGUGAUGAAGCUGGAACAGCAGCAGCAGGAGUUCAUUAAGCUGAAGGAGAAGCAGGUUUUACAGCUGCAGGAAGAGGCGAAAAACUUCAUCACCAUGGAGAACUUGGAUCAGCGGAUCGAGGAGGCCCUGGACCAUCCAAAGAACUACAACUUUGCUGUGGACAAAGAGGGAAGGGUGGUCCGGAAGACCGUGCUGCAGUGAGGCGUGCCCCUGAGGGAGGGGCUUCUGAUGGUUUUAUUCAGCUUGAUCCAUGAUGGGAGCACCAGGUUCUGAGGUGGGGUGAACCUGUGGUGCUCAGACAUUUGAUCCCAUCUGUGAUUCUGUUCCCGCCGAAGAUCUUAGCCCCGCCCCCAUCACUCUUCAGAACUGUCCUAACCCGACUGACAGAAAGCGCUACGAAGAUCAGAUCAAUAAAGUUUUGACUUUUUUUAAGA